CGACAUUCGCAUAUCAGCGAUUUUAGAAAGCUAGUCGUGGACACCGGAACUCUUUAUCGACUGUGGUUGCAUGCUAGCUGGAUCAGACGACUGGCAGGGCCCCAACGAACCAACCAGCGAAGGUCUAGGCAGAGCAACAGGCCGACAAAGACAGACUGUUUCAUUGAUGUUACCGUCGUCAUCAGUGAACGCCCGCACCCCACGAACCUACAAACCCUGAACCAUCUCGCACGCGCAAAGUCAGUUGAAGCGAGUAACAGCAAGCGAUAGGAGACAGUUGAAACGCGAACACAUUCCGUGCAACAGGCUGUAAUACCUAAAAGCAUGACAACACUCGGUGCUUAACGAAAAACAGUUCUGUUUCAGUGUUGUGGUAAUGUAACUUGUGAUUAUUGUUGUUUGUUUUUGAAACUGUAUUUAUGUAUUCUAAGACUUGGUAGUUGACAUUAAUUUUAAUUACUAUGUGAAGAGUUUAUUUGGUGAACUGAUGGACUGACUAUUUACUUCCUGCAUCGUCGCGUGGUACUCCAUGACUUUCAAAAAUAAACAUAUUGCAAGGCCGCGGAAUGCGAUAAGAACACAUUCACCACCUGUGGAUGGGUGAAUUCUUUUCGCCUGACUGCAGGCUGUCAACAUGGUGGACUUCGGUAACGUCUCUAAAGAUCGUUGGGUCUGCCCCAGCGAUCGGCAACUAGCGCUGAGAGCAAAGCUGAGGACUGGCUGGUCUGUGAAGACUCGGCAACUCCAAUCGUUCGGAGGACGACAGGACUCAACACUGAAUGAGUCUGAACAAGCCGUCAUCAAGGAUGUCAUCAAGAGGGCCGAGAUGCUGGAAAUGACAGAGCAGGAGCGAGUCGGUCGCUUGGUUGAGCGGUUGGAGAAUAUGAAGAGAGCUGCAAUGGGGAACGGAACAAACCAGUGCAUCCUCUGCGGAGACAGUUUCGGUGUUUUAGGAUCAGCCAGCCUCAUUUGCCAUGAUUGCAAGAAGGCCGUGUGUCAGAAGUGUGGGAUUGAAACAAUGUCAGCCCAGAAAGAGCCCAUCUCCCUUUGUAAGAUAUGCUCUGAGACCCGUGAGAUGUGGAAGAAGUCUGGGGCCUGGUUUUUUAAGGGUUUGCCAAAGUAUGUCCUACCUGAGAAAAAGAGCAACCCUGAUUCUGGAAGGUAUGGUGGUCGGAAAAUUCAACGUCCAGGUCUUGAGAAAAACAGCUGGUCACGGGGCAGUGGUGGGCAUGAGUACCUCCAGUCGGCCAACAUCACUUCAUCAUCUACCAACAGUACAACACCUACACUUAAAAGCACACCUGCUGGAUCAAAAUUGGUUUGUGGAAAAGGCAGUGGUGAAUAUGAGGAAGAGAGCAGUUCUGAAGAUGAAAUCAACAGAAGAGCUCGUCAGGCAAGGGGGCGGCAUAUGGAUGACACAGAAGCUGGAGGCAGCCAUCAUAGUCUGAGAAGACAAGGGAGUUGUGUAACAUUUGACCCAACUCUUGGGCCAAUGUCUGGAUCACUUCUUUCCCAGCGCUCAGAGUCACUGUCACUCACAAGUGAUGGAGAAAUAACAGGCGAUCUUCAUUCUUACAGUGACAGUGACAAAUUAGGUCACCACUUUGGAAACAUGAGAGACUACAGCAGGAGUCGUGAGAGUCUGGCAUCUUCAGUGAACUUCAGCAGACAAGCAGGUUGCAACUUGCCUGAUUCAACCUGCAGCCGAAUGGAUGCUAGUCAACCACAUCUGGAUCAGUCCUGCGACCACCGGCAAAAUGCUGGAACUGACAUGGAGAACAACCUGUCACUACACAGCCACAAUGUGGCAGCCUCGCCUUACUUACACAUGCGCCGGGACUCCCAAGGAUCAAAUAUAUCACGUGAGUGGUACUGGUCAGAAGAUAGAGCAUCACUUUCGGGUAGUUCAGCAAGCGGCCACCGAACAGCUAGCAGCAGUUGUGGUGGGGCAGAUGUGGUUGAGGACAGUGCUGAUGCAUCAGUUAUGGAAAACGCAGUGAACCUAGGAAUGCUAGAACUGACACUCUUAUACAAUCCUGUGACAUCUGCCUUGACCUGCUCACUACAUCGUGCCAAGGGUUUAAGACCCAUGGACAUCAAUGGCCUUUCUGAUCCAUUCUGCAGACUGAAUAUAUUGCCCACAGGAGGCAAGUCAAAUAGACUGCGCACCAAGACUGUUCACAAAACGCGGAAUCCAGAAUUCAAUGAGACAUUGACAUUCUAUGGAGUGACAGAUGGGGAUGUCGGGAGAAAGCUGUUACAUAUUCUUAUUCUUGAUGAUGAUAAGUAUGGCCAUGACUUUAUAGGCGAAGCUCGUAUUCCUCUGAUACAUCUCAAACCACAGGAACCUAAACAUAUGAAUAUCUACCUGGAAAAGCAUUACCCGGUGGAGGAGGAAGAUGAGGUAUGGGGAAAUGAUACAUGGGCACAUGGACAGAUCCUCGUGACAUUAUGUUACUCAACACGUCGGCGAGCUCUUGUGGUGGGCAUCGUGCGAUGCAUUAACCUUCAGCCAAUGGACAACAAUGGCUUUUCUGAUCCUUUUGUCAAACUGCGCUUGAAGCCAGACCCUUUCCAUCGUAAGUACAAGACUUCAGUCAAGUGGAAGAAUCUUAAUCCAGUGUUCAAUGAAGAAUUUGUUUUUGAUACAAAGAUGACUGAACUUCCAAAACAAGCUCUUGAGAUUACUGUCUGGGACAAGGAUUAUGGGAAGAGCAAUGAUUAUCUUGGUGGCUUGCAACUUGGAUGGCACUCAAAAGGAGAGCGUCUAAAGCACUGGGUGGAUAUGAUAAAAUUCCCAGAUCACAAGCAUGAAGGUUGGCACAACCUUGGAGAAGAUAUGCUCUCUGACUAGUCCUCAACCCAGAAACAUAAGUUGUUACAACUGGAAUUCUAAACACAAGCGCCUGAAUACAAAUAAAAUAGAAUACUGGAUGGAUUCAGCAAAGUUCUUUUACUUUGUCAAAUGGUUUCAAACUCUGUGUUAUGCAUUUGUAAAGAUGUAACAAUUUAAAAUACAACUUUCAGUUUCUGCACUUUCUUGGUAUUUGUAUAAUGUAGCCUGUUUAUAAAGUUAACCCUUUCAAUGUUAAACUGUGUAUGUUCUGAGGUGCUGCAUUUUAUCCAUGCUGUCUAUAUGAUAUCAAUUCUAGAAACAAUAGCUAUGUUAACUUCUUCACUCUCAGUUCACAGAAUUGUCAGGUCAGAGACAAGGCCAUAGCUAGCAGUUCUGAUGGCAUGCUGGCUGGCUGGUUGGACCUUUACAGACUUUUUAGGUGUAGAGAGAAAAGGAUGUACAUUGGUGGAAUGAUGAUUGGCAGGCAAAAUUGAAGCACUAAAAUUAAAAAUUGUCUCAGUGUUAGUCUGUGACAAAUGUCACAUUGACUGCCCCAGAAUUAAACCUAAGCCUCCACAAUGUGAAACUGGCAUUUAACCACCUGAGCUAUGGUAUAGCUUCUAGUAACAACUCGGUGUGCAUAUACCAACUUGUGCACAAUUAUAACCAGGAGGGGUUGCUUCUUCCAUUGCUGCCAUCUUGUAUGUGAGUGCACUACAUAAUAUUGAUAAGUGAUCACUUUAUUUUCACCAUGGCAGCGCAAAUAACUGCUCAGUCAGAUUAUAACACUGAAAGAGUUAACAAUGACUCAGAAGUCAUGUAUAAAACAGAUCCUACAGUGAUGAAGUUGAGCACGUAUAUUUGGAAUUCUAUAUAUUAGAGAAAGUGAAGAGAUUAAACAAUAAUUGGGAAAAUUCAUUUGUAAAGAAUUACUGGGCUUUAAUCUUAACUAUUGUAUUAUGAACUUGCAAGGUAUAGUGAACUCCACAGAACACUAUAUUCACAAGGCUUAUUGAAAAAAAAUUAAUGCAGGAAGUAUCCAGAAGUUUAUGUUCAGAAAGAAAGUAGUAAUUUGUUUAGUUUAGUUUUUUUACUUGAUCUCCUUUCCUCUUCUAGUGUCUUAAGUUCUGCAGUCAACAACUGCAAGUUGCUACAAUGUAUAUGAUUAAUUUCCUUAAAUAAUGGGCAAGUGGCAUUUAUUUAAAUAUUAAUACUUUUUGUGCUGAUUUGAUUUAUCUUAAUUCCUCUUAUCAAGAACACCCACAACACAGCCAUCUUUCUGGAUGUAUUAGUGACACUUUCUUUGAUGUUGUAUAGAUGUGAGUAUCAUGUGUAAAAGCAAAAUAAGAAGAAACUUGCAUAUCUCAGGACUAUUCAAACUACCGUGCAUACAUAUCUUGAACAGCCUAUAGCACAGACCAUGUCAGACAGAGAAUUGUGGUGGGCUAGAAUUCUCAUAGCAUAAUCCAUAUAAUACUACCUUUAAAGGAAGUGCCCUACCACUCAAAAUGCAUAGCAGCAGCACCUUGACUUAGACAUAGCUCAGGAUCUAACUGUUCUGAAGAUAUUACUGAUGGUACAGUCUGUUAAAAGAGAAACCAAAAUUUCUGUGUUUUAAAUACAAUAAGAACAAGGCGCAGUAUUGCAACUGAUACAGAACUGUGACGUGUUGUCAUGGCCUGGCUGAAAGCUGUAAAAUUAUGCUAUUCUAUAAUAUUUUUAUGAUACUUCUUAUCUCCAGUUUUGUCACACAUGCUACUAUGUUUAUAUAAAUAUUUUUUUUUUUUGUCUUUGAGCAGUUAUUUCUUGUCAGGAAGUGUCUUUUUCACUGUUAAUGGCCUCAAGAUGAAUGCUGUGUAAUAUGCUGUAACACUAAGCUUCAACAUCUAUGAAAACAGGAAGUAUCCUUCCUCAUUCUACUAUAUUUUUAUCAAUAAUUUGUAUGAGUGCAGAUGUAACUAUAACCAGCUGAAAUAUUUAAAGUGUUAUUUCAUUUUUAAGACAAUCAAUUAUGGUAAGAACUUUUUUCAGCUGAAAUAAAUGUUUGAUAGUUCAUUUUUAUUGCUAUUUGAGCCAAAUGGCUGCACAGUUGAUACCAUGUAUUAUACGUAAAAUGCUGUUGUGGAGCAAUGUUACAAAUUAACUAGUUUCCUUAUUUUUCCUGAACAGUGUGGUGAUAAUAAAUAUUUUUCUUUUCCAUUA